UUUGAGGUGCAACCUGGGUCUGAUUCCUCUGCCUUUUGGAAAGUGCUUGUACGGGUGGUGCGUACCAAGAUUAACGAAAGUAGUGACAUUGUGGAAGCAUCACGCAUUAUGAAUUUGUACCAGUUCCUUCAGCUUUAUAAAGACAUCACAAGCCAAGCAGUGAGGGUGCUGGCCCAGAGAUCCACCUCUCCAGAACCUGAGGAAGACGCAUUCUCUGGAGCAUCUUGUCAGGCCAGUCUUUGGAUGGGAAGGGUCAAGCAGCUGACCGAUGAGGACGAGCGUUGCAUCUGCAUGGAUGGGCGAGCUGACCUCAUCCUGCCAUGUGCUCACAGCUUUUGUCAGAAAUGCAUUGAUAAACGUAGUGAUCAACACAGGAAUUGCCCUGUCGGCUACAGAUGACUGGAGCAAAUGAGUCUUGGGUGGUGUCAGAUGCGCCCACUGAAGAUGACAUGGCUAACUACAUACUGAA